UCAAAAAUCGUGACUCUGCCGUCUGAGAACCAAUUAAUGCUUGUCUCCACAACUGGCUAUAUAAGGUCUCCUUUGGAUUGCUAUUCUGCAGUAUCAUUCGAUUAAUUUCCUUAAACCAUCUGUUUUCUCUGAGAAUGGAGAGCACCCUUCAUCAGCAGAUCAGUGCCAUGAAGCAAUCCCUCCUUGAUGAGGGUUUUGUGGAUGGGCAUUUUGUUGAGCUGGAGUUGUUGGAAGAUGGGGACAAUCUGCACUUUACUGAGGAAAUCAUAACCUUGUUUUUUACGGAUUCAGCACGCUUGAUUGUUGAUGUGGAAAAGGAACUGAACAAUGAUCCUAUUGAUUAUAGCAAGGUGGAUAAAAUCCUCCAUCAGUUCAAGGGAAGCAGUUCAAGUGUUGGUGCCAACAGAGUUAGACUUCAAGGCACUAAGCUGAGGGAAAGUUGCAAGGAUGGAGACGUUGAAGGUUGGAAGGCAGCUCUGAAACAGCUGAAGAAAGAGCAUGCAACUCUGAAAGAGAAGCUCGAUACUUAUUUCCAGUUGGUCAAGCAACUUGGAUCUGAAAAGAAAACUGUGUGGCACCCAAAUGAAGGACAGGUGGACAUGCUGGCCAAGAACCAGCUGAUGAAGAUGGCAAUCACCAAGGAUGAAAAAGUGGAGUUUGGGCACAAGGAGGACAUGGUAAAGAAGGGGACUGGAAAAGAACCAGGGAAGGUGGUAACUGAGGAAGAAGCAGUGAAGGUGGUGAGUGAUGAAGAGUCGGUGCAGAUGGUGGCCAAGUAGGUGGCCAUGUUGGACCUGAGAAAAGCUACUAGAAGCAUGUCAUAAGUGAAUUCCUGUGCUGGUUUUCUUUUAUGUGUUCUAGCGACUAGCUUUUCUGUAUGGUGUAGGGAUCAUCAGACUUUAUGGGUGUUUUUGUUUUGUUUUGUUUUGUUUUGUGUUCCAGUGACUAGAUUUUCUGAGUGCUUUAGGGAUCACUGGGACUUUCUGUGUGUUUUGUUUCGGUACAAGGCCUGGUUAUGGUUAAGAAGACUGCAUGUUGCGUUUGA